AUGGAUGAUGAUUGGGACUUUGACAUCCUAAUAAACUGCACGACAAUUCCGGCAGUUGCUCAGAUUCACCUGAGAAAGUGGAAAAGGGUUGCUGUCUUGAUUGUUGCUGCUUUUUGUGGAGGGGCUUCGGUUGGUCGGUUGAUUAACUUGAUGGUGAUGACUGAUACAAGUAUUAUUGUCAGUACUCUUGUGGCGACUGCGGUGGUGUAUGGUUGUUUCUCAGUAGCAGUCAUGUUGACACUUCGUAGGGAUUACAUCUACAUGGGUAGUCUGAUUUUCUCUAACAUCUUAAUCCGGAAUUGGUUGCACUAUGCUUCCAUUGUCUUUGGUGGCUAUACAGCUUUUUGGGAGAUUAAGGCCCAUCAGGACUGGGCCCGUCAGGCUGGUGGUGGGCCUGGAUAUUUUCCGGCAGACUCAUCCGACCUCAGCGUGCCAACCCUUAACUUUUUGGCCAUCAUGUAUAUUGUUGGCUUAGCGGCGUAUAGCCAAGUGAUGAUUGACCAGGCUGAGUUUGGGAAUGCUAACUAUGUGGACAAUGUUUUCGACAUUACUGUUUAUUUUGCUGGUCUCCUCAUCUUAAUUGUCCUUACCUUGAUGAAGCAAGCAUCGGCAUUUGAAAGGGAAAGAAGAAGGAAUUGA